AUGUUUGCGACGUCAGACCUGCCGUCUUUUUCUUCAAUCACCCCCCAGUUGCAAGCCCUCAUUGAAAUCUUCAGUGUUGAUCAUGUCUACCGUUCCGUCGCAGAUCACCCGAUUUUUGUCGUGAAGGACGGUCAAAUUGCUCGAUUGGAGAUGGCCACCAUAAAAGAACGCCUCACAGCCAACCCACUCCUGAAGGCAGGCCUCGCCGAUAACGUAGAAAGCUUGACUCGACACAACGUUCUAACCGAGUCUAUUAUUCUUCCCACCAUAGCAAGACCAACAGCGUUUGCAAUACCUCGACCCAGGGGCCCCGUUGUCAAUUCGAUGCCUUCUAUCUCGAUCUCAGGAUGGCCGUGGCAUAAGCUGUCAGCGCCUUCUGAGUGA